UCGAACAUUCUGGGAACCACGGAACGACCAAGGGAAAGUAUAAAUAUCAUGACUGGAUCUAUGUAUAAGUUUAUACCCACAAUAAUAGAUGAGAUCAUUAUUUUACAGACAACGAUAAUUAUAGGCCCUGAUAAAUAAUAUUUUUUCUCCCAUUAUUCGAACAAAUUAACGAUAGAUGUUUCAUAUAACAACUGACAUAAGACAUAAUUAGUAGCCAUCACUCUUCAGCCAUUUUUUGCCAUGCUGAGAAUGUCGUUAUGCAAACCUUAAUCGGGAUCUUUACCAAAAAAGACAUAGAUGUAAACUCUCAGAUCUAAUGAUUACUACCACAUUCCCUUUGCAUGUGGGUCGUAUAAAUUAGGAGAGAAUCUAGUGAUGGCGUUCUCACAACGAGAUAUAUCUAUUUCUGCUUGGAGAAAGGUUGCUGAUGUCUGUAGAGAUGCUGCUGUAUUUGUGGAUGAUAAUGCAGCGGAGCUGUUACAUUGGGCUGGGGGACUGGAGUUGUUAGACGGAUGUACAGGAAUGUACAGUAUCUACAAGGAACUCAAUUCUAUAGCGAAAGACUUCAUUGCUACUGCACCUUACUCCUGUGUAGUGUUUGUGGUGACGUCGUUCCUGACUGGGGAGUGCAGCACCAGGAUAAACCAGCUCCUCGCUGACCUUCAACCGCUUCACUGUCAUGUCUUCACUACCCACUCUCAACACCUCCACGACCAGUGGACACCCAUGCCUGGUGGGGGUGUAGACGGCACUUACUCACACUUUGGAGAGUUCCAGGCUCUACUCAGAAAGUGGAUCAACAGAGAGGCAGGUGUACGUGUGUCAGUGAGUCAUCUUCCUCUAUCUGUUGUGGAAGUGUGUCCCGGACUGUUGAUUACACCUUCCAACUCCAGCCUCUUCCCCUUACUGCCCUCAGCUAUUGAGGAAAUUAUGGCCCGAUGCAUUCAGGAGGGUGAUAUGAAUUGUUCUCUAGAGCAUCUGGGACAGGUUGAUUUUGAUAUGCUGACACGUCCCUUCAAAAUGGAGUUAAAGAGUCUUGCUGAGUCUCUAAACAGUCUGUUUGAUGGCAUGAAUACUAGGGAGGAGCUGUUCUCAUUGGGAUACACGUCUAGAUUGGUUGCCAGUCAACUAGCAGCACUUCCACAGGCCAAAGCUAGGAGAAAGGUUGCUACCCAGCGUUGCUCUCUUCUCCUAGUGGAUCGAACCCUAGAUCUUUUUGGACCCACCACUCACCAAUCAGACACUCUGGUAGACCGGAUACUCAAGACACUGUUUCGACCUUCUCACACCAGUAGCGAUGUCUGUGUGGACAUGUCUCCAGUGGUAGGUUGUGAGGGCGUGAAAGGUGUGGCAAGAGGGAGUCUGGCACAACCGAAUGACGAUAGAGCUCAACAGCUAUUGAAAAGUCUAGUCCACAGCAGGCAGAAAGAAUCACUAAUGGAAGUGUCUCGUUGUCUGUUGGAUUCUCUUUCCCAAGAAGGGCUCUCAGUAAAACUCACUGGCAAGCUUGCUCGACCUUCAGCUGUUCAACUCAAGGCUUUCUUGCAUCAGUUCAGGGAGCAACCUGGUGCAUACGAGUCACAAAGGGGGGUGCUGCAGUUAGCAUGUGCUGUGGUACAGGCUCUUGAAGCUCCAUCCAGCCAAGAUUGGGACAAAAUGGCCAGUAUAGAGAAGGUGCUAGUAUCAUGUGCUAGUGACCCUAGUUUACCCAGUGUCAUUUCUCAAGUUACUGAUCUGGUCAAGAGCCAAGGAUCACCCAAAGCUGACCUGCUGCCUCUCAGUGCUUUGCUAGCAGUUUGUGUUGCUAUGUUCUCACUGCUGGGUGACACUUGUGUGGAAAAUCAAAGGGAUUUUGACCAAAUGAAGGAGAGUGUUACAGAGCUGGUACUGCAAUGGAGAGACUCUGACACAGAGUUCAUAACCACAACGCUCGGGAUAGACCGAUCAGCUUCUCGCUUGAAGGUUCAAGGUAAAUUGAGCUCUAUCUUCAAAAUUAUGGAGGGAAUAGGAGAGUGCAGGAAUGAGCUGAAUCAGUUCAAGCAUAUACACAGGACACGAGGGCAUACUCCCUACACACCAGUUCUCACUCAGCUAGCAGAUGCACUGUUCAAUCCUGCUCAUCCUGAGUUGUCUGAUGUUGAUUUCCAUUCACAGGGCUCAAUGAGCAACAUCAUUAAGUCCAGUUUCAGUUUGUUUAUGAGCUCUGCUCGACCACACCCCACUCAUCAGCCAACCUUACUAAUCUUUGUGGUGGGCGGUAUUACAUCUUCGGAGGCAAAGAGCAUUCAGGAGAGUGUCUUAAGUCACAAAGGUCGUGUCAAGGUGCUGGUGGGAAGUACAAGACUGGUUUCGCCAUUAGACAUUAUCAGGACUGUCUUCAGUGAUAGGACAAUACAGCAGUGAACUUUGCAAUUAGCUAUAUCUAAUCACAUGUCACGUUUACAUGCAUAUAUAAUUAUAGCCUCGAUUCCAGACCGCUGGGAACGGGAAAAGCAUAUAUUUUUCCUCUUCCCAUCAGCCUGGUAUCAUAGACAGUGAGGCAUUAAUUGUACCAGAAUUUAAUCUUUUAACAUCUCUGAAGUGAUAUCAAAAUCAAACGAAAAUGAACUUUGGUGAUCAA